GUGUGGAGCUAUGGCUUUUCGUCACUGGAUGAGGAUACAGAGGCAGGCCCAGCUGCAACUGCAGGCCCUCUUGACUCCCACGGCAGCCCCAUGGCCGGUCUGGGAUUCGGCCUUCCCCUCUCCCGUUUGCACGCGCAGUACUUUGGGGGAGACAUUGAGGACAGAAGGGUAUGCAGAUGUUCUUUUCCCCCACGCGCUUCCCCUCAUCGCCCUCACUUCCCCCAAAUCGUUGCCCCCUGUCUCUGUUUUUCCCAACCACCCGUUCUCCCACCAGCCCUGCUUCCCCCUUUGCCUUGAUUCCUUCCACCCUCUGCCCUGCUCCCCCCCAUCCCCUUCCCUGCUUCCCCCCACCCUCUGCCCUGCUCCCCCCAUCCCGUUCCCUGCUUCCCCCCACCCUCUACCCUGCUCCCCCCCAUCCCCUUCCCUGCUCCCCCCCACCCUCUGCCCUGCUUCCCCUCAUCCCAUUCCCUGCUUCUCCCCACCCCCUGCCCUGCUUCUCCCCAUCCCCUUCCCUGCUUCCCCCCAUCCCCUUCCCUGCUUCCCCCCAUCCCCUUCCCUGCUUCCCCCCAUCCCCUUCCCUGCUUCCCCCCAUCCCCUUCCCUGCUUCCCCCCAUCCCCUUCCCUGCUUCUCCCCAUCCGCUUCCCUGCUUCCCCCCCUCUUUUGCUGCUUCCCCCUACCCUCUGCCCUGCUCCCCCCCAUCCCCUUCCCUGCUUCCCCCCAUCCCCUUCCCUGCUUCUCCCCAUCCCCUUCCCUGCUUCCCCCCAUCCCCUUCCCUGCUUCCCCCCAUCCCCUUCCCUGUCUCCGUGUUACCCGUUUCCUUGUCCCUUUUCCCUGUGUCUCCCCACCCUCUGUUUCAUUCCUUCACCCUCGCACACCUUACCGCCUGCCGACCUUACCGCCUGCCCACCUUACCACCUCAAAUCCUUCCCUUCUCAUCCGCGCGCAGGUGUGGCGGAAGGUGCACGUGCUGCCUUGUGCCUGCCGCUUGCUGUCCACGCCUUCCAUCCCACCUCUCCCAAACCACGUCUUUUUCUAUAUGUGCCUCCCCUGCUGGCCCAUACCCUCUGCUGA